AUGGCUGACACAUAUGAAGGAGCAGACUCAAGUCCGGAUGAUGAUGGGGAAGUCAGAGCUGAGAAGCGUCGUAAUACAGAAUCCUCAGAUAGUGUGGCCCCAGCCAAGAAAAUUAGCAUGUCCUUUGGCACAAAGUCGACGCCAGCGGCUGGCCAGAAGAUCAGCUUUAAUUUGAGUGCAUCAAGUCAAGUCAAGACAGCAAAAGUCUCUCCCUUACAGAGUAAACCUGCAAAGACGACAGCAGCUCCAAUUAAGAUGUCAUUAAACCAGGUUCAGAGCAAAGAGCCACCCCCUGUUGUUCAGAAGAGUGCCUUGGCAGCAAAAGCUUUUGACGAGUCAGAUGAGAGUGAUGGGGAAGAAAUGCCACCAGAAGCUAAAAUGAGAAUGAAAAACAUUGGACGAGACACACCAACAGCUUCAGGACCCAACUCUUAUGGCAAGGGCAAACAAGGGUUUAUUGACAGACAGAAGAUUAUCGAGAAGCAGUUGAAAGAAGAGAUGGAGAAAGUAUCCGGUGAUAAUCGUCGGAUAUUGCCUAAGUGA